UCUCUCUCUCUCUCUCCUCCACUUCCCCUGUUCCUUUUUUAUAUUUUUCAUUUCCUUUUUCCUGCUCUAAACAAAUCCUUAAUAUAUGUAUCUCCUUUGUUUUUAUAAUUAACCAGCUUCUCUGUUCCAACUUCCAAUCAACCAUCGAAUAAUCACAAUAUACAACACAACACAUCAUCAUAAAUCAAACCCACCUCUUUUUCUGUGGCUCCUCAACGAUUCUUGGGCUGUCAAAAAAGAAAGAGGCUGAGGGGUGGAGGCACAUAUAGAGCUGCGGGCAGAUGCUACUGUGAGGGAAUGGCAGAGAGAAGUGGAAGAUAAAAGGCUUAGGUCAGGGGAGCGAUAGGCCCAAGUCUUGAUGCAUAAACAAGUACACUCUUUUGUGAUUUUGAUGCCAUGGCUUACCCGCAUUACCGAUCACAGUUCGGCGACACAACAUUCACCAAAGUGUUUGUCGGAGGACUCGCUUGGGAGACUCCCACUGAAGAAAUGCGUAAAUAUUUCGAGCAGUUCGGAGACAUUCUUGAGGCUGUCAUAAUCACCGAUAAGAACACAGGAAAGUCUAAAGGCUACGGAUUCGUAACAUUCCGUGAUCCGGAAUCAGCUAGAAGGGCUUGUGCUGAUCCAAACCCAAUAAUAGAUGGAAGAAGAGCUAAUUGCAAUAUUGCUUCUCUGGGAAGACCUCGACCUUCCCCACCCCGAGGAAGGAACGUAUUCCAAGGCGGAAGCACAUCACAGAGUGCAGCAUCGUAUGGUGGCGCCCCGGCAGCAGUUCCGCCGCCUCCUUUGCCGCCGCCUCCGCCUCCGCCGGGGCCUGGCCUCAUGUACCCGCCGUAUGGAUACCCUCCCUACUCUCCUGAUUACGGGUACCACCAAGCCGCAUUGUACAACUCACAGAUUCAGCAGCCACAAUACUACCAGCAAGUGUAUGGAGCUUCGUCGUCGGGCGUGAGCUCCCAGUAUUACUAUGGCUAUUCUAUGCAGCCGCCUAGGGCCUCAUAUUCUACGCCCCAGCCUCAUCGCCUGCCACCUGGAUCCUCCUAUCUGUACUACCCUUACCCUUCACCCCCACCCCCACCUAUGGAUCUCUCCUUCUCCGCUUAUCGUCCCCCUAGACAACCAACACUGUUAAGGCACCCCUUCCCCUCCCCUACUGAUUCACAAUCACAGACUCAACAGCGCCCCUCCUCCGAGACCGCAGCUGGAGUAGUUACGGCAGCCUCGGAAAGUCCGAAUACCCAAGGGAAAAACUAAUAAAUAUAGACACCUGCUGAAAGUUAAGUUUCAACUGUAUAAUCCUCACAAUUUCAUCACAUUAAUUCUUCAUUAUCUUUUCCCAUAAUAUAUCAAUUUAUUUGUUUUUGUCCAAAGCUGUAGCUUUAGGCAAUAAUGGUUUGGCAGAUCACAUGUGCUCUCCACAGAUAUCGCACUCAAAAGAUGGACUAAUCAACAACUCCAUGCAGACCUCCUAAUUUGUCCCCUUACCUUUCUUUUUCAAGGACUUUUCAAUUAUAUAUUUUUACUAAUUAUUCAAUUCCUUUUUUAAGUUACACUAUUAUCCCAUUAUAAGAGCUUAUAACAUCUUGCAUCGACAUUGUAUCGUCAACAAAUGAAUAAGAAAGGCGUUGUCCUCGACAAGAAGCUUUGCUAAAAGCAUUCAUCAAAAGUCCUAGCUCGACAUGAUACAUUGUCAGCCAAUUCUAUAGAGCAGAUUAUUGGAGUUUAUGAGCUUCGGCUCCUAAUUAUAUACUUUCUUGAGGGGACUCAUUAACCCCCUUUUGAUCUUUUUUCUUUUUAACUGAAUCCCCUUGUGAUAUAAAUCAAUUGUUUUCUCUUUUU